AUGCCGAACAUGAAACUCCUCGCCCUCGCUCUUCUCGCUCUUUCCGUCGCCUACGUCUUCUCCGACAACACGGGGGGCGCCGGGACCGCCUACAACAACGUGGCGGCCGGAAAUGUCAGCUCGGUCGCCGCACUCGAGGGCCAGAAGUUCUGUCCGGGUCCGGGCAAAAAUGGAACCGAUUGCGGCGAGGGAUCUUUCGCGCAUUACUACGAUUGCUGCGGGAACAACAACGCCGAGUGCUGCUUCGCUUUGCAGGUGAGUACGGUUGGCUCGGGGGCGUCCGCAAUCUGUCGUCAUUUCAGAUGUGGGUGUACAUUGUGCUCGGCGUCAUCGUUCUCAUCUCGAUCAUCUCGACAGUCGUCGGAAUUGUCUGCUGCUGCUGCAAGAAGUAG